AACAAAGAUGGCUUCAAAUGUCGCAUCAGUUGAAUUGAAUUUCUCUUACCUUUGGACGAUAGCUUCAAUAAUAUCAACUACUCCAAUUGGCUGCACUUUCUUCUUCCAAGUACCUUUGUGCCUGCAUGUUCCCGAGCUCACUUCCAGAGCUUGCUCUUCCCGUGGCUAGUCUCCAAAGCUGAUCUCGUUACUUGCAGUUUUAUCUGCAAAGGAAAGUAUAUAUUGAAGAUGGACAAGCAACUUUUUACUGAAAUGGUAAGAAAACUCUGGAAUGCAUGGGAAAUUCGAGUGUUGGUUUUAAUAAGCCUUUCUUUACAAAUCAUCCUCAACUUCUUCGGCUCUCGAAGAAAAUACAUAGCAAGAAGCUGGAUUAAGAUUCUUGUUUGGUCAUCAUAUUUAGCAGCAGAUUGGGUAGCAACUGUUGCCUUGGGAAACCUCGCCACCAACGUCCAAGGAAAUUGCGAAAAUAGUUCUCCAUCCGCAAGCCAUGAACUCCAGGAAUUCUGGGCUCCGUUUCUUCUGUUUCAUCUCGGUGGCCCAGACGCCAUAACAGCUUAUUCUUUGGAAGAUAAUGAGCUGUGGCUACGACACUUUCUUCAAUUCGUUGUUCAACUUGGAGUGACAAUUUAUGUCUACGUACAAUCCUGGAGUAAUAUCAAUGCCCUCACAUUUCUUUCCAUUCCGAUGAUUAUUGUUGGAUUCAUUAAAUAUGGAGAAAGAACUUGGGUGUUUUGGUCUUCCAGCACCGAGAGAUUAAGAGAUACCUUGCUUGCAAUUGUGGAUCCUAGCCCUGGUAUUGUUAAAUUCUGUAUGCAAGCUGGACUCCACCAAGAUAUCGAAAAUCAAGAACAAAAAGAGGGUAAACAUGAACUCCUUGAUGCUCAUUUUUUGUUUAAAAGAUUUUCACGUUUGUUUACAGGCUUAAUGCUCUCUAAAGGGGAAGCACAAAAGACCAUCCCAUACUUUUAUAAAAAGCCAGCAAAAGAAGCCUUCAAUCUGGUAGCAAUUGAGCUUGGAUUGAUGUACGAUUUUCUGUUCACCAAGUUGAUCGUUGUUUAUCAUCGUUUAGGCCUGUUUCUCCAUUACUUCAAUUUUCUUGCCAUCGUUACAACUUUAGUUGUCUUUUCAAUCUUUAUUCAUAUCAACUCUUACCCAUAUUAUUUGACGGACAUCUGCAUCACUUACUGCCUUAUACUUGGGGCUUUUGUUAUGGAGAUUUUCGCAUUCGUGCACUAUUCUUUCAAUGAUUGGGCAAAACUGAUAGUUUUGAGCUUUUCCAUGAAGGCAAAGACUUACAAAUAUGUAGCUAGAAUUCCUUUUCCUUCAUUUUUAUCAGCAAAUCAAAAGAGAUGGUCAAUGUCUAUGAGGCAAUUCAAUUUGCUAAAUUUUUGCAUCAAAGACAUUUCGACCAUGUAUAGAUAUAUCAAUCGUGUUGAGAAGUUACUUGGCAUCCUUAAUUGGUUGGAGAAGUUCCAGUAUUUGACUUGGGAAGAUGUAAAUCCUGAUUUGCAGGAGAUUAUCUACAGAGGGAUAAUAAACGCUCAUGAAGAUAAUUUGCGCACAGAUCCUCGUUUGGGCGAUUCAGAAAAGAAAAUAUUGGCUCGAAGAGGCGAUCAUGUGAUAAAAAAGAACAAUCUUGAUGAAGAAGGUAAUUGGUAUACUUCUCAAUGUGACUUCGACAAAAGCAUUCUUGCUUGGCACAUCGCUACUGAUCUUUGCUACUGCGAUGAUUCCACUAAACAUGGAGAAGCUGAUCUCAAUUCAAUAAACAGCAAAACUAGCAGAUGCUUAUCAAAUUAUAUGCUGUAUCUUCUAGUUUUUUGCCCAACUAUGAUGUCAAGUGGGAAUGGCGAGCUGAGGUAUAGAAAUGCAUGUGAUGAGGUGAUGCGAGAGCUCAAGUUAGACCCAAAAGACACCACCAAAACAAGAAGUGAAAUUUUGAAGCCGUUGUUCGAAGAAGAACCUCAACAGCCUGCACAUGUGAUCGAUCCGCGAUACAAGACAGUGUUAUCUAGUGCAAGGAGUCUGUUUAGGAGUUUGCAAAAUGUGGAAUCAAACGGUUGGAGUUUUGACAAGAAAUGGGAGAUGAUAUGUGAAGUGUGGGUAGAAAUGUUGGGGUAUGCUGCAAUCCAUUGCAGAUGGAGAGAGCAUGGACAACGGUUGGCCAAAGGUGGAGAGCUCCUUACACAUGUUUGUCUUAUUAUGACACAUCUUGGCUUAAAGGCACAAUAUGAUUAUGAUUAUAUUGCUUUGGAUAUUGAGGGCUAAGUUUUACU